UCUGGAGAGCCCGACCGAGGGGCCUUCUCCUGCCUCCUUUGACUUCAACCACGCGAACAGAAAGCACGCGGAUAGACGGCUGGCCAAGGCUGCCAACAGCGUGUCGGCUCACUUCCGUCACGCAGCAUCUUCCUAUCAAAAGAUGACAUCCUUCGUGGAGGCUCAUCCUUUUCCAGACUCCGGAGCAGUGGAGUCGGAUGACCCUAACACGCCGGAUCAUUUCAACCGACCAGGCAAGAUGAUCCCUUACAAACGUACUGAUCCCUUCAAAAAGAUCACCAAGCCCUCCUGGGUCACCAACCGCCAGUCGUCCAGCUUGCCGUACCACUUCAGCGCGCUGAAGAAAGAUGCUGAUAAGGAAAAGGCAUGUCUGACCGAGUGCAGGAAAGAGAGAGACGAAGUGGAGGCCUACUGCGCGAGUGAAUUCGCAGUGAAUGGAAUCGUGUAUAACAUCGAAAGACUGGGGAAUGGAGUCCGCUUCAUUACGCUUUUAGUAAACAGCGAUGGAUUAUACAAGAUGAGUCGCCUGUAUAUUACUCCUGAUGCCUUCUUCUUUCGAGUUCACAUUCUAGUCGUGGAUACUUUGAACUGCAGUAAACCAUGUCCAGACUUUAAACUUGGCAGUAGGUACAUUGUGAUGGGUCGGAUCUACCACAAGAGACGACAGAUCCCUGCAAACCUGCUGCAGUUCCUGCGAGGGCACCUGAGGCCAGGGGAUGGCUUGCUCAGAAGCAGCAGCAGCUACGUGAAGAGAUUCAACAGGAAGAGGAGUCGCAAAGUGCAAGCAGCACACACCAAAUGCAGAUAAGGCUUCAGUAACCUCC